AUGGGUUGGACUGAGAUCACUUGUGAAUGUAGAGGGGUUUAUCUUGGCAAGGAGAAGGAUCACCUCUUUGUGUGGGACAGUGAUGAAGGAGGAGAUAAUAGUGGAAGGCAUCUGAGUGAUCUCUUCAAGUUCCGGGCCAUAACUGGCAACAGGGCUAAAUGCACCAAAAGGGUCAGAAUUGUUGGUAAAUAUGAAACACAUUAUGGUGAAUCCCUCAGAAAAAUGGUGAAGAAAAUUGAAAUUAGCCAGCAUGCCAAGUAUACCUGUUCCUUCUGUGGCAAGACCAAAAUGAAGAGACAGGCUGUGGAUAUCUGGCAUUGUGGAUCCUGUAUGAAAACAGUAGCUGGUGGUACAUGGACCUACAAUACCAUCUCUGCAGUUACAGUCAAAUCCGCCAUCAGAAGACUGAAGGAAUUGAAAGACCAGUAA